GUAAUAAGCAUAUAUAUUCUGUACAGGAUUGAGUAGGUCGUCUGUAUUGAUCUAGGCUGUGAAAGAAGCAGACAAAUUUCUGUCAAAAUCGCCACCAUGGAAAAGAUCUUUAAAGGGCUUGGUUCAGUAACCGGCAGGUUCUACAAUUCUCACCAAGAAUGGCAAAAGGCUCCGGAUUGGGUGAAAGAACAUUACAAAAUAGAAGAACAACAACAUUGCGGAGAUAUUAACUCUAUUCCAAGUGGAGCCUUGCAGGGAGCCGUCAACGCAGUGGCUGAAUACGCGAAGCAGAAUCCUGCCGAUGCCACCCAGAUGGGCAUUAAGAUCGCCCAAACCGCAGGCAUCAAGCAAGAAUAUGGUUUGGCAUUUGCCUCUGGAUUUCUUGGUACUGCCCGUUUUGAAAAAUCGGAACAGAAGAAUUAAAGAGAAUGACCAGAAUACCUCAGAAGUUUGCCUGCAAGUUUUACCAAAGAAAGCAAUGGAUGAAAUGUGUUGAAUUCUUGGCUUCAUUACUUGACAGAAAUAAUUUCAUGAAUAAAAGAAAAAUGAACCUU